UAGUUACAUAUUUAUUCUUUUUAUUGUCUGAAUCUCCAACUAGAAAGGAACUACAAUGAAAACAGGGAUUCUAUAUGUCGUGUUUAUUCUCUGUCCCUCCUACCUCUGCACAGAGUAGAUGCUCAAAAAAAUAACUUGACUUAUUCUUCCUAGCUCAGUCUCAUUCUAGGGUGUAUUUGGGGCUCUUAUGAGAACAAAGAGAGUUUGAAGUUAUGCCAAUGUAACAUUAUUAUUAUGUUAAUAAUGAUGUACUUAGAGGAGAAAUGGUGAGGACUGGGAAUGUAACUCAAGAGACUGGUCCUUCCUCCCUCACUGUCAGGAAACACUGAAGUGGCAAGAGGCAGGGACGCAAUCUUUCAAGAACCUCGGUCACUUAUUUCUGUGCUCAGUCGUCCAUCCUUCUCAGGCCCCCACUAGCUCCCUGCCCAUUCUAUACUUUCUUUCCUGUUGUGUGUCCAGAAUUACCCCGUGGGUAGAUGCCCCCACCUUUUCAUCCUCUGGGGGUUACCUAAUCUCCAAACCUGCCUAAGGAAUCAGACAGUCUCUUUUGUUCCUUCCUUUCUUACCCCCAAAGACAAGCCCAGAAGCCCUUUUGUAUUAAAGAUUUAGUGGCUAAUCACUGGCGAGAAUAGCAACAAAAAGUUGCAAAAUUCCUGGAGCUGUGAUCUCUCAAUCUGUUUGGUUCCUAACUCCUGCGGACAGAAACCAUUGUAAAGGAAAGGAUCCUGGUGGCUUAUAUUGAGGCGCAAAUGAGGUGUGGGGUGUCCCUUUCUAAGUAAUGAGUAGCCAAGGGGCACCCCACCCCCGCUUGUGCCUCAAUAUAAACCAUUGGGACCCUUUCCUUUUUGAUGCUUUCUCUUCCUGUCUUUGGUGCCUGGGUAACCUAAGGGCCUCUGGUUCUCUGCCCCUUUGUUGUGUCUUGGAGCCAUGCCUUCUGGGUCCCUGCUCACAGGGUUUGCCUGUGGCCAGGCAGAAGGUUACUGGGGUUAGUACUUCCUCUGCGGGGUUCCCACAAGUCCUGCUAGAAAAAGUGGGUGUUGCUCUGUAUUCACUUCUGGUGCAGACAACAGCCAAAGGAAGAGCUUGCACAGGCAAGGGAUGACAUGGGGAUGUGUGUGUCUGAAAUUCCUGGGGCUCAGGCCUCCAGGUUUAAAUGGUUUCCAAGUAAUCUGGCAAGCUUGGGUGCCCCCCUGUGGUUCCGAGUGGAAUGUGUCCAGUUGACCUUCGGGGAAGGCGAUCAGAGUGGUGGGGGGAACAUCCUCUGUUGUCUUGCUGCUCAGAGUCAGGUCUGGUCCACCCACCAGCAACAUCAGCAUCUCAGGUCUCACUCCAGAUCUAUUGCAUCAGAAUCUGCACUUUUAACAAGAUCUGCACAUUAAAGUUUGAAAGGCACUGCUCUGUCAGCCCCCAGGAUGGCCCUGAAAGCCCUUCUUUUCUCACUCCAUAAGGAGAUGCUGAGUCGACCACAGACCAUGCGGCCCCGAGGUGAUGUUGCCUCCCCUAAGGGACUAGAGAGAUGGAAUAGGCCAUCCAUUACCAUACUCCUAACCACUUCCCAAGGAGCUUUUCCCACACCAGCAUCCUUGGUUCCACCUUAGUCUCUGGAUUCACCUGUUCAAAUCCAGGCAGUUGGGCUGAGUGCUGUGAGCUUUAAGUGACUCAGUCCUCUCCCAGAGCUCAUAGCAUUUCUCUUUUAGAGCUGUUCUGGUCAAGCACAUGGCAUGUACAGCAGAAGAUCUGAGCUGUGCACUGCUCUGCUCUCCUUCCCAAGGCAACCAAACCCUGUGGUAGAGGAAACGGCUCAGUUACAUAAGCACCCAUUAUGGGGUUACCCCAAGAGUGCAGGUCUAGUUCUCUGGUUCCCCCAACAUUUCUGCACCAUGCUUCCAUCAGAUUGCUUCCCUAAACCAUCUGGCUCUAAGUUAAAUAUUCUCUGAGGAGCUUAGAUUUCCCCAAAACAAUGUAUCUUCUUACAUGGAGUCUGGAUUCCACUUAGGGGUCAGCAAUAAAAACACUGUGGAAUUAAAGCUCAGGUGCCCUGGUACUUCCUCCUCUGCCCCUGUGACUUCAGGAGAGUUGCAGACAGGUGUGUUCAUACCUGCCCUUCCUUCUUCCAGGGAUAGAUGGUGUGCUUGGAGACAAAGUGUGCUUGGAGACAAAGUGUGCGUGGAACCUUUGGUAACUAUGAAGCACUUUUGAUAACUAUGAAGCUUUUGUUUUUUAAAUGUAAGAGAUUGGUACUGUAACUUAAAAAGAUAACCUCCAGAUGGACCUCAAGUGUGUUUACAAUGCUCACAAAGGCUUGAAAGAAGGUGAUGUUGCAGUGUGGGAAUGUUCAUGUUUCUAGACUCUCAAGGUGGUGUAAGUGUGUCUCGUUGUGGGGGGGAGGGAGUGCUCCCCACAGAGUGAAGCUGUUGCAGCAGAGUGUGUGAAAGUGGUGAGGCUGAUGUCCAGUGUGUGUGUGUGGCUCAGCUCCUACUGAGUUGAGAGACCUGGGUUCUGGUUUGGUGGCCUUGAAUCCAUCCCUCAGAACUUCCUGAGCCUCAGUCUCCUCAUUUUUAUUUUUUUCAUUUAUUUUAAAAUAUUUAUUUAUUCACCUGGCUGCACCAGGUCUUAGUUGCAGCACGCCAGGUCUUCGUUGGCGCAUGCAGGAUCUUCCUUGAGGCAUGCGGGAUCGUCAGUUGUGGUGUUCGGGAUCCCUAGCUGCAGCACACGGGAAUUUUUUUUUAGUUGCAGUGCGCAGGAUCCCCUAGCCGCAGCAUGAGGGAUCUAGUUUCUGGACCAGGGAUCGAACCCGGGCCCCCUGCAUUGGGAGCGUGGAGUCUCAACUGCUGGACCACCAGGGAAGUCCCAGUCUUCUCAUUUUAAAAUGCAGGACUUGGGCUGGUUAAUUUCUAAGUUCUCUCCUAGUUCCGUCAUGCUAAGCAUCCAGCUUGAGCGUGGGGGCCUUUGGUUGCUGGUUUUACUGUCGAAUUUCAUUUCUGGGUCUCUGUUCCAGCGGGUCAGCCACUCUGUGUUGGUGACUCCCCACACCAGCCUCUGUACCUGGGUUGCUGUUCACCAAUACGCUGGAGUUUGGCUUUUUGGAAAUUUUCUCUUACUCAGUGAAAACGCAGGAAGCUUGAGCAUGAAACUCAUCAGAAAGAAAACACACACACACACAGAGUAAGAAACCACAGGGCCUAUCAGCCUGUCGUCAUCAAGCAGACGAGAAUAGUGCAGAAAACUCUAGGCAGAGAGGAAAUGAACUUGAGAGAAGGGGGAACAUAGGGCAGAGAGGAGAGAAAGAGGGCGGGAGUGGAAGGAGAGAGCUAAAGCUCAGGGGCCCGGGAUGGUGGGAGGAUGGAGGACGUGGCGGUGAAGCAGGGCUUCCUGUACCUGCAGCAGCAGCAGACUUUUGGGAAGAAAUGGCGCCGGUUUGGGGCUGUGCUGUACGGAGGGUCAGGCUGCGCCCUGGCCCGGCUGGAACUCCAGGAGGGCCCGGAGAAGCUGCGCCGGGGAGAGGCCCCCCGGAGGGUGAUCCGCCUCAGCGACUGCCGGCGGGUGGCCGAGGCCGGCGGGGAGGCUAGCAGCCCGCGGGACACCAGCGCCUUCUUCCUGGAGACCACGGAGCGCCUGUACCUGCUGGCAGCCCCCACCACAGAGCGUGGCGACUGGAUGCAGACCAUCUGUCUCCUGGCCUUCCCGGGCCAGAGGAAGGAGCUGCAGGGGAAGGGCGGCCGUCCUUGCAUGGAGAAUGAAUUGUAUAGCAACAUGACCGCAGGGGGGACCUGCAAGGAGUUUGCUGUGACCAUGAGACCCACAGAAGCCAGUGAGAGAUGCCGGCUCUGGGGGUCCUACACCCUCCGGGCUGGGGAGAGUGCCCUGGAACUGUGGGGAGGGCCUGAGCCAGGCACCCAGCUGUACGAAUGGCCGUACAGGUUCCUGCGGCGCUUUGGCCGGGACAAGGUAACCUUUUCCUUCGAGGCAGGCCGGCGCUGCGUCUCAGGGGAGGGCAACUUUGAGUUUGAAACCAGGCAAGGCAAUGAGAUCUUCCUGGCCUUGGAAGAGGCCAUCUCUGCCCAGAAGAACGCCGUCCCUCCUGGGCCCCAAAUCCAGCCAGUCCCCAUCCCCACGGUUUUGCCCCGGCCGGAGAGCCCCUACUCCCGACCCCAUGACUCACUGCCACCACCGUCGCCCACCAUCCCGGUGCCUGCCCCCCGGCAGCAGCGGGGCCCAGAGGGGGAGUAUGCGGUGCCCUUUGACGCGGUGGCCCGGAACCUGGGGAAGAGCUUGAGGGGCAUCCUGGCCGUCCCGCCCCAGCCCCUGGCUGACCCUCUGUACGACAGCAUCGACAGCAUCGAGGAGCACCCACCCUCACGACCUGAGCACAUAUAUGACGAGCCUGAGGGAGUGGCUGCCCUGUCCCUGUAUGACAGCCCACAGGAGCCCCGGGGUGAGGCCUGGAGGAGGCAGGCUGCAGCUGACAGGGACCUUAGUGGCCUCCAGCACAUCUACACAGCGGGACAGGACUUUGCUGCCUCUGGCUGGCCACAGGAGACCGAGUAUGACAAUGUUGUACUUAAGAAAGGCCCAAAGUGAUGGAGGGCAGAGGAGAUGCAGACUCCAUCGAAUGUCAGUGCUGAAGUGGUCCUGUGCAUGUUGGGCCAGGGUCAGAGGCUGGUUAGAAGGUGCCAGAGGGGCAGGCAGACCUCCCUUUCUAGCUUCUGCUGGCGACUCCUUCUGGCCACCGCAUCCCAGGAACCUCCUUCCUCUCCUUCGAGAACCCUCGGCUUGGCCGCCUUAGUCCGAUCUGAGGAAUUGUCCCUCCCAGGGCCUGCUGGGUGAGUCACCAUCCCAAAGCAGGAAGAGUCCCUUGAACAGACCCACCCUUCUCCUAAUCCUUUUCCACUUCCUCAUCCCCCCACCGGCUACCCGCCUGAAUGGAACUUCCAGCAUUUAGAGCAGAGGACAAAAGGAUGUCAGCAAAUCACCCUGGUUCCUUGGCUUGUGCAGGCCACCUGCCUGCUGAUGUCCUGCAGGGCCAGCCAUGGCUCCAGGCAGCCAGGAGGAUGGCUGCAGCUUUCUGCAGGCUUCAGACUUCUCUGUGGUAUUAAAUGUUCCUGAAAUA